CGCGAGGGAAUGAGGUGAAAUAGGACUUUCAGAGCGGAUCAUGGCGGCGCCUCUCGGGCGGGACGCUUUACCUGAGCACUGGUCCUACGGCGUCCGCGCGGACGGGAGGGUCUUCUUCAUCAACGAUGAGGCGCGGAACACCACCUGGCUCCAUCCCCGCUCCGCUGAACCGGUAAACUCCGGACACCUGAUCCGCUCAGACCUGCCUCAGGGAUGGGAGGAAGGCUUCACCAGCGAGGGGGCCAGUUACUUCAUAAAUCACAACCAGAGGACCACGGCGUUCCGCCAUCCGGUGAGCGGGCAGAUAUCUGCGGAGAACAUGGACUUCAUCCUGCAAGAGCAGCCGCAGGGUGCUUCCAUGAUGUCCAGGCCAGUGGGCGAGCAGCUGUCCAGCACCACCACCAUCAGCGAGGCCUCCACCGCCAUCACCUCCUCCACUGUGGACACCACCUCCAAGGUCCGGGAUUUGAGGUUCCCGUGCUAUGUGAUUUCACCGGUGAGACCUGAAGACCACAUCAGCCGCAAGUAUGCCUUCAAGGCCAGCCACACUGGCAUGCGCUCGUUCAUUUACAAGCAGAGCUCUGUGAUUGGCUCGCAGGCGGAGCACACCGGGAUGCGGACGUACUACUUCAGCGCCGACACCCAGGAGGACAUGAGCACGUGGCUGAGGGCCAUGAACCAGGCCACACUGAUGCAGAACAACAGCAGCACACCCGUCAGACCGUCGGACAAGUUCGAGACCUUUGACCUCUUCCAGCAGCAGGCCGUCCCGCAGAUGAACCACGCCAACCACCACAAGGCCCCGGGGCCCGAGGCCACGCGGCGCGGGGUCCGCGAGGUCCUCCUGGAGCCCGGCCACCGCGCCCCGGAGAUGGACACGCACGCGUCCCUCCCCUCGGAGCGCGCGGCCCCCGCCCCCCCGCAGUCGGCCUCGGCGCCCGUGUCCCGGGCCGCCUCCGCGCUGCCCUCCGGCGUCUGCGCCAGGAACGGCCUGGUGUCCACGCCCAGCCCCAUCCUGGAGCCCAACGGCAUCGCGGCGGGGACGUACCAGAGGGCGGCGGCGGCGGCGACGCCCCCCUCCUGCGACACUCCCAAGCAGGGGCACCGGAGGAACACCCUGGAGCAGGUGGAGCAGUGGGUCAAAGUGCAGAAGGCGGAGCACAAAGGCCCCCCAUCCAGAGAGAACACCCUCCCUCGCCGCACGCCGCCGACCCAGCACAAGUUCACCUCCGUCGACGCAUUUCAGACCCUUCCGAAGACCCCCCGGCAGAGCCCCGCCCCCGGCCGGCUGGGCGAGUACAAGUACGCCCAGGACCGCCUCAGCCACUUCCGGCUGGCCCCCGACCCGGGGACCAACACCGUGUGGCAGCUGUACGAGUGGCAGCAGCGCCACCAGUACCGCCGCGGCAGCCCCACGGCGCCGCUCUACACGCCGGCCCCGGACUACCCGUUCGGCCCCCGGCCCCCCUCCGCCGCGCCUCCCCUCUCCUCCUCCUCCUCCUCGGCGGCGCCGCCCCGCUGCGUGUCGGUGCCGCCCUCGUCGGCGGACCUCCCUCCGCCGGGGCCCCCGCCCGGCAGCAGCAGGACCCUGUCGCCCACGCGCAGGCCGCACACGCCGGCCGGGCGGGUGACGGUCAAGCCGGCGGGCGGCAGGUCGGCGCUGGACGUCCCCUUCGCUCUGUCCCCCCGCCGGGCCAAGUCUCAGCUGCUCAAGGCUGCUACUAUCGACAGACGGUCGUUGCCUCCAUCCGGCUACAUCACACACACAGUCAGCGCCCCCAGCCUCCACGGCAAAACGCCCGAGGAGCUCACGCUGCUCCUCAUCCAGCUGCGUCGCCACCAGGCCAAGAUGGCCUCCGCCCGCCACCACACGCUCGCCCAUCUGCAGCGGCUCGGCGGCCCCAGCGCCGCCCACCACCACCACUUCCUCGCCAACAGCCCCCUCCUCAGCGCCGCCCCCUCGCCGGUGUCCCACCUCGGACGUGUGAGCCUCUCAGCCCCCUCGUGCAACACCCAGAGCGACGACACCUACAAGCAGCUGAAGAAGGACCUGGAGUAUCUGGACCUGAAGAUCAGAGCUCUAGAGCCCCUGAUCCUCGCAGUUCACAGUUUACUACUGCACUGCACUGCUGGGCCUCUCAGGCCUCUGAUGAACGUCGCUGGGAGUCACACGCCGAAGGAGUCGGGCAAAGCCGUCAAGGUGGCCGAGAGUGACGUGGACGUGAAGUUAAGUCGGUUGUGCGAGCAGGACGGGAUCCUCCAGGACCUGGAGGCCAGGAUCAGCUCCCUGAAGGAGGACAAGGACAAGCUGGAGGGUGUGCUGGACGUGUCCCACCACCAGAUGGAGCAGUACCAGGAGCAGCCGGCCCACGCACACAAGAUCGCGUACCAGCAGAGGCUGCUGCAGGAAGACCUGGUGUCCAUCCGGGCCCAAAUAUCACGCCUGUCCACGGAGAUGGCACAGGCCUGGGAGGAGUUUGGCAGGUUGGAGAGAUCAGUGGAGCAGCUGAGGACGGCGCUGCAGGCCCACAUGAACCACAGCGCCACCCCUCAGCAAGAGAAAGCGGAGAUGAAGCGAGAGCUGUGGAGGAUCGAGGACGUGAUGGGCGGACUCAGUGCCAGCAAAGCCAACUACAAGAUCACCAUUGACUCGGUCCAGAACCCAGAGAGGAAACUAGUGCCUUCGGCGUCCGACCCGGCCGCGCCUCCCCCGAGCACCGAGGUCCAGCCGCCGCCUCGUAGCUCCGCCCCCAGGAUCCUCGCCCACACUUUGCCUCACAGCACGGUGCCAAAGUGGGCGGAGGACGCCGCGCCCCCGAGGCCGCCGCUGCCUCGCCUGUGCGACUACGAGGAGACGCCGCCGGAGGUGCCGCCGCUGCCCCGGGAGGCCUCGGUCAUCCGCCACACGUCGGUGAGAGGCCUGAAGCGCCAGUCGGACGAGAGGAAGCGGGACAGGGAGAGCGGGCAGUACGUCGCCAACGGAGACGCCAAGGUGGACUUGCGGUCUUACCUGAGUGAACCGGAGCUGCCGGGUCUGAGCCAACGGAACGCUGCGUCUGACGUGGAGUUCCAGUAUUUCCAGAGCAAAGGUCCGUCCGGAGGCGCCGUCCCACCCAACCAGUCCGACUCCAUCGCCUCCUACGUCACCCUGAGGAGGGGCCCGGGCAGCGCCGCGGCCAGGGAGCGACCCAGGAGUGCCUUUGAGCGCCUGUCGUCUCCCACGGAAGCUCCGCAGCCCCCCGGCGGCCAGCCGCGGGGGCGGAUGACCGCGGAGGAGCAGCUGGAGCGGAUGAAGCGCCACCAGAGGGCGCUGGUGCGGGAGCGCAAGCGGAACCUCAGCCAGGGCGAGCGCCCCGGCGGGGGCCCCUCCGCCCCCGCCGUGGGCCCCCGGCGCUCCUCCUCCUCCUCGUCCUCCAGACUCCCCUCCGGCAGCGCGGACGCCUCCGUACGUUACAGCAGCAGACACAGGGAGCACCAGCACUGCUGCUACGCCGCGCUCCAGCCCCCGGCCACAUACCGCUUGACCCUCCACCCCCUCCUCACUGACCUUCACGAAGCACAGCAGCAGCGCCGCCUGUCGCCCGCGUGCGUGACCCUCGACUCCUGCUGUUUCCAGGUGUUUGAUUGGCAGGGGGAGCGGCUCGCUGCCGAGGGCCAGAGCGACGAAGGGUGGGGUCGGGCGAAGGAGAGGGGGCGCGUCCCGUCGGACGGGUGGGUGGUGGCGACGGCCACCCGCGUGCACGAGGUGGACGUGGAGCCUCUGGACUACGACCUGGACAUCAGCCGCCAGCUGUCCAAACCGCAGAAGGUCCCCAUCCCGGAGCGCUACGUGGAGUCGGACCCCGAAGAGCCCCCCGGCCCGGAGGAGCUGGAGGAGCGCUCGCGCCGGGCCCAACGCAUGAAGAACCUCGUGGCCAAAUCCAGCUUCGGCAGCGCGCGGGCGGCCCCCCCGCUGGACUUCGGCGAGCUGGACUCGGCUCUGCAGCAGCAGGAGAGGAUCAUGACGGCGUCCCACGCUCUGGCCUCCGAGGCCUCGCGCAAGAGCAAGCUGGUCGCCGCCAAAGCCGCAGCGGAGCAGUGACCAGCGGAGACGACCACGACGCUCAGCGCCUCCCACCUUCACCGACCGCCUCAACCAAAAUCUAUUUAUGAGUGAGCACAGGACACCGCUCUCUACUUUCAAUUCCUUGUUUGGGAACUAAUUCUCGCGAAUGCACAAUUUAGCAAUAAUAAUUUAAAACACCAGUUAUUUAAUCCGCGUUUUGCUGUUUUUAUGAGAGAACGAGAGCGAAGGGAAAGGCAACUGCAACCGGUUAUUUAUCACAUUGUUCAACUGCUAAAUAACCACGAUCAUGCUGUCAAUCAACGUUACAUGCAUUAGAAUAUAUGACGUGAAUUAAAACAAACUAAUUUUUCUGUUUCCCUGAAAGUCGAUUAUUUUUAAAAAUAUAAUACAUGUUUGUCUGUCACACUCAUUUGUCAUCAGCUAAACGGAUUAAAGCACAAGUGUAAUGCUACUGGUUGGUUGUUGGUUUGAAUCAGCUGGAUGGAAAUAGCUCGCUAAGUGAUUCCAGUUUUCAGCGUAGUAGAAAAUAAAAGACAAAAGCACAAAUAUAUGUAUUUUUUAAGCAAAAUGUUUUCCACUAAAUAUACAAUUGAGCCCA